AUAAAUUGUAAUUUAUUCAGAUAGUAUUUUUAAAGUAUACUAAGAUGAAUAGGCGACCUUACAUACCAGGCUUCCAUUCUCCAUACGAUGACUCAUUAGUAUUCAACUUCACCCAACCACAGCCUUCUCACAGUCACUUCCAACAAUAUUCUGUUAAAAGAAAACGACCUGCUCCUCCAAGGAAGCCUACAUACAGCGCACCAUUGCCAAUGAGGUUCUCAGACCUUCAUCGGACCAAAGCCCCAACCCAUCACCAAACCACACAAGCUGUUGGAUUUAAGAAACGUUACUUUGACAAAUCAGUUAAACCCGGGAAUGUGUCUUCUCAGAAUGAACAAAAAAUAAAGGGUUUGAAACGAAAGGUUUUUUCUGAAACAGCACCUGAUUUCAUAAGCCUUGAUGCCAAUGAACCCCCCAGGAAACAUGUCAGACUAGAAGAUGCAUCUUAUGACCAAAACCACAAUAAACCUGAAUCCUUGGAACCUUUCUCAUUGCGAGAGACAAGAAGAUUAUUUAUAUCUGACUCAUUUUCUGAACAAAUUCAUCAGUUUUACAUGAAAAACAGACAAGAAGAAAAUUUUUUAAAGAAAAAGCAGCAACUGCAAUCGGCUCUUGAGAACGCGAUCAAUCGAACAUCAGGAAAAGAUUGCAAGUUAGUACUUGUUGGUUCUUCUAUCAAUGGAUUUGGCAGAAUCACAAGUGAUGCCGACUUCUGUCUCAUCAUUGAUAAAUAUCAGGAAAAGCUAGCGAAUCGGCGUAGAGUGAUGAGAACAUUAUACGAGGUUCAACAGCUACUCAGAAAAGCACCAUUUGCUCGCAUGUUGCAGGUUAUACCAGCAAAGGUCCCUAUACUGAAGUUCACGGAUUCAUAUUCCGGGAUGGAAUGCGACGUAAACGUUAAUAAUUUGACCGGAGUCAGAAACACUGAGUUGAUGAAACGAUACGCCAUGUUGGAUCCGAGGUUGGAAUGUCAUGCCCACCACCUGACCCAAGAAGUAACAAAUUUGAUGGUGAUCCACUGGCCGGAAUGCAAAAGUUUGGAUAUGCAAGCUAAGACUGCUAGAGUUCAACCCCUGGCACUCAUCAUCAAGGAAUGGGCCCACCAACGUAAAAUCAACGACGCCAGCCAAGGAACCAUGAACAGUUAUUCUCUCGUUCUAAUGGUCGUUCACUUCCUUCAGUGUGGCAUGGAUCCCCCAGUUCUACCAAGUUUGCAAGUAAAAUAUCCGGAAUUGUUUCGGCCGACAACUCCUGUCAUGAAUGUCGGUUCACAUGGAGAUCGAGUGAAACCGUAUCGGUCAGAAAACUUGAUGAAUCUUUCUCAACUUCUGAAGAAAUUUUUCGAAUAUUUUGCGGAAACUUUUGAUUUUGAAAUCCAAGUGAUGUCAGUGAGACUUGGGAAGGCCCUGUACAUAGAUGAAAUUAUGUCAACUGGUAAGGAAUGGGGCAGAAUGAUAAAGAUAGAAGAACCGUUUGAUUUAACAAACACUGCACGAGCUGUGCACCAGGACCUCACAGCCGAACGAAUUAUCGGACAAUUCAGAUCGGCAAACCGAAUUCUACAACGAGGCAAAGGUCUUGAACAUUUAUUGGAAGGAGUUUCACCAAGGUUAAAGAAUAACGUUAUUGUGCUUGAUGAUGAUUCAUGACAGAGGUGGAUUCAGAAUAGCAGUUCUGAGAUUGCAGUCCUUAACAAAAAGUACUCAUAUCUGGACAGUAAUACAGUACAUAGAGUUGGGGUGGUUGAACCACUUUACACACUUGUUUGCUGACACUUUUGACCUAACAUGCGACAGCAGUUAAAAGAAUAAUACCAUAUCAAUUAUAAAAAUAAAGAUAGUUUGCUUUAGUCUGUCCAUUGACUAACCAACAGUUCUGGCAAGCCAACAGGAGUAAUCAUCACCUCUCGCCCUUGUUUACUUCUAGUCCAUUUGCGACCCCAGCAGUCACAAGAAUGUUUGAAUUGUACAAUAUUAAGAACAUAAAUGGCGUGAUAAACAUAA